AUGGCCUCCAUCAAUUUUUUCUUAUUCCGACUCUCAAACUUAAGCCAGGGAACGAUACUUCCUCGCUGUUCUUCAAACGAUCAAGAUCAUCAUUUCAUCAUUAUUCCAUUUCAGCGUGAUGAGAGCUGUGGAUUUCAAUUAAGUAACAGUAUUUGCUCAUGUCAUACAUGUCCUUUCUGGUUAUUGUUGGCGUUACAUGAUGAAUCGAAGCAAGAAUCAUUUUUGGUGAAGUUUUUGAACAAGAGAAUAAAUAUUGCCAUAAAAAAGGUCUUGUCCAAAUUAAAAAUUUACAACACUGAAAAGUGGCCGUAUGUGGCCGUGAGGUUUAACAAAAUUCACACGCAUUCAUACAAUUCUAAAACGAAACAACUGCGCAGGACCCUUGCACACCAACCAAAUAUUCAUUAUGUUUCCUUUCUCGCGUGGGUCAGAUGGACACGUUUCGGAAAGCGCCCGUUCAGAUAG